CGCCGCCGUUAGCCCCUCCUUUCCUCACCGCCGCUGCUGUGCAGAUCGAAGAACACCGUUGAAAUUGGGGUUAUGAUUAUGGGUGCUUCGAUGGAUUUGACGGAAAGACUUGUGUUUCAAGCCUCAAACUGUUUGUUAAUCACUUGUGUUUCCCUUUUGUUUGAUAUAUGGUGUCUUAAUGAUAAUCAGUUAACUGGGAAAAUCCCAAGGGAGCUCACUGGUAUUUCCAGCUUGAAAGUUGUAGAUGUCUCAAACAACUUGUGUGGAACAAUUCCUACUACAGGUCCAUUUGAGCACAUCCCAUUAAACAAGGAGGGAAAAAAAGAAGGAAGAACUUUAACUCAAACUCAAACAAAAAUAGGUGAUUGCAAUGUUUACCAUGUAAGUCUACUAUAUUGGCUCUUUCCAGAGAAUCUAGGAGAUAAACCUCAUGGGAACAUUUUCUAUGUUAUUCAAGCCUCAUUACCUAUCCAAAAAAACAAAGGAAGAAGAAAGCUUUUCUAGAUGAAAGUGAAUUGUUAAGUUAUAUAGUGUGCCUUGUAGUGAUAGAAAGUGUCAUCUAUGGCACAUAGCUUCCUUGUUUUGCAGCCAAGUGAGCAUAAUACAUAUGCAG